UACACGUAACGAGGCCUCGUUCGUGUUGUAGCAUCGACACAUCUUGCCGCGAUAUUUCAGCUUUGAAAAGAUACCGAGGAGUAACGUUAGUCAGCGUCACAUCACUAGCUUCAACAACAGUUUGCUAACUUGUGUAUUUUCACAAUUUACGCCGCUCGAGUUAACUCUCUAAACAGCUCGGCCUGCUUUUGUUAAUCCCGGAGAAGAAGCGCAGUAGUUUAUCGCCGUUUAUCCGCCUCCAGCUGUCGCGCAUUUAUAAACUGAAAAGUUAUUCCGGGUUAAAUUGGUAAGAUUUGUGGCACAAAAUAGGUCACGUAGCUUCUUGUUGACACCCGAGUCUGGUUUCUUUCCUCUCCCGCCGCCUCCUCCAGCGGGUCCGCAUACGUUAACGGUUGCACGGACGAUGGUUUUACUGAAAAGCCUCCGUCCUCCCACCGAUGGAGUGCGGCAUGAGCAAGCCGAGACCACGGCGGUGAUGGACGGCCAGAAGCUGGGCUGCGGCACGCUCUACGUCGCCGAAACGCGCCUGCUGUGGUUCGAUGGCUCGGGGAUGGGUUUCUCUCUGGAGUAUCCCACCAUCGGCCUGCACGCCAUCUCCAGAGACAUCAGUGCUUACCCACAGGAACACCUGUACGUCAUGGUCAACGGCAAACUCGGGGAUGAGAACGAGGCGGAAAUGGCAGAGAAAGCAGCUGAUGAUGAUGAAGACGACAGCAGUGACAGCAGCGGCGGUGGUGAUGAUGAUGAUGGAGUGAUCACAGAGAUUCGAUUUGUGCCCAGCGACAAGGCGGCAUUGGAGUCCAUGUUCUCAGCGAUGUGUGAGUGCCAGGCACUGCACCCCGACCCAGAGGACGACGACUCCGACAACGACUUCGAGGGAGAGGAGUACGACGUGGAGGAGGCCGAGGCAGAGCACGGUCACGCUGACAUCCCGACCUUCUACACCUGCGAUGAGGGUCUGUCGGCGCUCACGCAGGAGGGCCAGGCCACGCUGGAGAGGCUGGAGGGGAUGUUAGCCCAGUCAGUCGCUCAGCAGUACCACAUGGCCGGGGUCCGAACCGAAGAAGCCAACGCAGAAUUUGGAGAUGGUAUGGAGGUGGAUGGAGCAGCGAUGGAGGCCGGUCAGUUUGAGGAUGCAGACGUUGAGCACUGAUGGAAGUCAUCUCAGCGGCCAGUCAAAGCACCGGUGUUGCAUCAUGGGAUUGGAGAAGAGGACAGUGGCACUUCUUUAAGGCUCUCAGCUCUUACUCGUACUCUCUUCCUGUUCCAGGCACUUCCUGUUCUCGCUGUCAGACAAACCUUUUCCCGUGUACUUAAAGUCAUCUCAGUAGUCUUUUGUAGCUUCCUACAUUUUCUCUGCUUUGGAGCUCUCAUUUUGCUCAUCCUCCUGUCGCCUCCAUCUCUACCAAUUUGUCAAUUGGUCAUAUAUAAUAAUAAACUUUAUUUUUUAUUUUAAGAACUAAGUGUGCUGUUAUGUCAGCUACUGUAGACUAUUGAGAUGCAGCCCCAAAUGCCCAGAUGCUAUUCCUGACUGUUUCUGUUUUGAACCUAACGACCAAUUUAAUCUGAUUUUCCUGCUGAGGAGAGUUAAUGUCUUUGUAUGAAAUUGUCAAUAAAUGCAGAGUUUUUGUAUGAGUUUA